UCCUCGCUCCGUUCAUUUGACAGACAACACAGAGCUGGGCUGAGUUUGCACCAGGACGUGAGAGAAGAAAAGCGCCGUACAUUAUCUCAACCCGUACACCGCAAAGAUGUCCGAGGAGCGAGCUGAAAGAUCCGAUGGGAAGAUUGUGAAGAUGGAGGUCGACUACAGUUCAACUGUAGACCAGCGUCUCCCGGAGUGCGAGAAAAUGGCCAAAGAGGGGAAGCUACAGGAGGCCAUUGAGAGUUUGUUGUCAUUGGAGAAGCAAACCAGAACGGCAUCGGACAUGGUGUCCACCUCCAGAAUCCUUGUCGCUGUGGUCCAGAUGUGUUAUGAAGCAAAGGACUGGGAUGCCCUGAAUGAAAACAUCAUGUUGCUCACCAAAAGAAGAAGUCAGCUGAAACAGGCUGUUGCCAAGAUGGUGCAAGAAUGUUACAAGUAUGUGGAUGCUGUGACUGAUCUGACAAUCAAGCUGAGGCUCAUCGACACACUUCGCACUGUGACAGCUGGCAAGAUCUAUGUCGAGAUUGAGCGUGCCAGGCUGACAAAGACCUUGGCUAAUAUCAAGGAGCAGAGUGGAGAGGUCAAAGAGGCCGCUUCUAUUCUUCAGGAACUGCAGGUGGAGACGUAUGGUUCCAUGGAGAAAAAGGAGAAGGUGGAAUUUAUCUUGGAACAGAUGAGGCUUUGUAUCGCUGUCAAGGAUUACAUUCGCACCCAGAUCAUCAGCAAGAAAAUAAACACCAAAUUCUUCCAAGAGGAGGGCACCGAGGAAUCAAAGCUGAAGUACUACAACCUAAUGAUCCAAGUGGACCAGCACGAGGGCUCCUACCUGUCUAUCUGUAAACACUAUCGGGCUAUCUAUGACACCCCCUGCAUCUUGGAGGACAGCAGCAAGUGGCAACAGGCCCUGAAGAGUGUGGUGCUGUACGUGAUUCUUUCCCCUUACGACAAUGAGCAGUCAGACCUUGUGCACAGAGUCAGUGCGGACAAGAAACUGGAAGAAAUCCCUAAAUACAAGGACCUUCUGAAACAGUUCACCACUAUGGAGCUGAUGCGCUGGGCCUCCCUGGUGGAGGAUUAUGGGAAGGAGCUGAGAGAGGGCUCACCUGAUAGCCCUGCCACAGACGUCUUCUCUUAUUCAGAGGAGGGGGAGAAAAGGUGGAAGGACCUAAAGAACAGAGUGGUGGAGCAUAACAUCAGAAUAAUGGCCAAAUAUUACACCAGAAUCACAAUGAAGAGGAUGGCCGGACUCCUUGACCUCUCUAUUGACGAGUCCGAGGAGUUCCUCUCCAGCCUAGUUGUAAACAAGACCAUCUAUGCCAAGGUCGACCGGCUGGCUGGAAUCAUCAACUUUCAGAGGCCUAAAGACCCCAACGAUCUGCUCAACGACUGGUCACACAAACUCAACUCUCUCAUGUCUCUGGUCAACAAGACCACACAUCUCAUUGCCAAGGAAGAGAUGAUCCACAAUCUGCAGUGAAAUAUAGUGCAUUAUUUUGUCUUUUGGUUCAUAUUUGUCUAUGUUUUCCCUUCUGUGGGAAUGUUUUUGAAUAUACAGUAUACUGGUGGACUGUGAAGGCAGCCAUUCUUCCAAUGUCAUAUGAUUGGAAUCUGCAGCACAUAAACCGCACCCCCAACCUUCUUCAUUUUUUUACUAUUCAGUAAAAUAUUGACAAUAAACACAUGAGAACCUCUUCUAUUUGCAUCCCUUUGUCAUAAAAACUGGAUCUCCAAAUAUGUUUUCCGGAUUAUAUACAGUAGUUUAGCUGUUAUUGCUGUAUGAAAACAACUUUUAAAUGUAUACUAAGAAAUGUAAACAAUAAACUACUCACAUUUGGUUAACA